GUGUCGGCGGCGGUGCCACGUCAGAGCUCGGCGCCACGUCCCGGGAGAGGCUGCGGGCGGAGCGGGCGGGCGGACGGACGGAGCGGGGCGGCGAUGGGCGGCUCAGAGAGCGUGGAGAUACCGGGCGGCGGCAGCGAGGGAUACCACGUCCUCCGGGUUCAAGAAAAUUCCCCUGGCCACAGAGCUGGAUUGGAGCCAUUCUUUGACUUUGUUGUUUCCAUUGGCAAUACUCGAUUGAAUCACGAUAAUGAUACCCUUAAAGAUCUUUUGAAAGCCAAUGUGGAGAAACCAAUUAAGAUGGUUGUCUACAGCAGCAAGACACUCAAAUUGAGAGAAACCACAGUCACUCCUAGCAACAUGUGGGGAGGUCAAGGCUUGCUUGGAGUCAGCAUUCGUUUCUGCAGCUUCGAGGGAGCUAAUGAAAAUGUCUGGCAUGUGUUGGAAGUGGAAUCAAACUCUCCUGCUGCACUAGCUGGUCUUCGACCUCACACAGAUUAUAUAAUUGGAGCCGACACAGUCAUGAAUGAGUCCGAGGAUCUCUUCUCUCUGAUAGAAACUCAUGAAGGGAAAGCGUUGAAAUUGUACGUCUACAAUACAGACACAGAUAACUGCCGGGAAGUAGUUAUCACACCUAAUACCACCUGGGGUGGAGAAGGCAGCUUAGGGUGUGGGAUUGGAUAUGGCUACUUGCAUCGAAUUCCAACCCGUCCAUUUGCAGAGGGUAAAAAGAUAAAUCUUCCAGGAACAGGUACAUCAGUCAGUCCAUUAAAAGAUGGCUUCACAGAGGUUCAGCUAUCUGCAGUUACCGCAGCAACUGCUGCAAACACCAACCUACAGCAGGGCCUAUCUGCACUAUCACUCGGUACAGCUCCUCCUUCGGUCAACAGUGUUUUUAAUACUGGUGUUCCAACGGUUCCAUUGUUGCCUUCAUCUGCAAAUACAUCCUCCAGCACAAUUCCAACAAGUAUAAAUGUUGAUACUACCCUGACCAGUCUCAUGCCAUUACCAAGUGGACUGCCUACUUUACCCAAACUACCUAAUGUGGACAUCAAUCUACAGAACCUUGCUCCUGUGACCUUACCGGGAAUAGGUGCAGUCCCUCCGCUCACUGGUUAUCCAUCAGCCACUCAGUUGCCACCAAUAAAUCUCUCUGGACUGCCCCCCCUCACAAUGCCUACCAUGUAUCCCUCGCAAUCAUCCAUGAUUACAGGGGUGAAGGCUGGUUUAACUGAAGCCGUUUCAGCUAUCUCUCCAAGGGGAGGUGGUUUUCAUGUUUCUGCCUCUGCACCGCCUGCUGUUCAGACCCCUGCCCUCAUUUUAGAUACUACGUCUGUCUCCAUGGCAACUGCUGACAUCCAGGCAACUGCAUCACCUAACGCAAAUAAAGAAGAACCAUCUUCCAUUUCCACAGAUGCACAAGCUUCUUCUGAGUCAUUUUAACUGCAAAAUCUUUGCAAAAGCAGGCGCUGAUUAAUGUAUUUAUUCAGCUGCAGUAAACUCAUUCUAAAAUUAAAUAAACGAGUAGACUGGCAUGAUUGCAUCUCUGAGCUUUAAACCUUUGUACAUAAUUAUAAGGCUGAGUUAAAUACAUAACCUUUAAUAUUAUUGGAUGGUUUACUACAUUGUACAGCAAUGUGGUACUUUUGAUGUAAAUGUAAAAUAAAUUAUUUUAUCAAGUACAGAUUUAAUUCCCUCUCUUCUCCCUGUCCUCUGGUAGAGCUGCUAAUGCUGUCCAAUUACAUCUAGCCACCAUCUUGUCUGUAAUUUUCCAGCCUGGGUAAUUUUCAGAGCAACAGGUCAUCACUUGCCGUUUCAUUAAAACACCCCACUGCUUCUAAUGACAGUUGAAAGGAAGUAAUGUGUGAGAGAGAGAGAGAGUACAUGGAGCUGAAAUCCAGUAGACAUCACCGUAAGCUUAACAGGGAACACAUUUGAAAGGGAUGAUCGAGCAAUAAACUCCACUGAAAAGGCACUGGUAUUUUUCAGAAUAGAAUAAAAAAUCUAUUUUUAAACAAUUAUCUUGUCAACUCUAGUGUGCCAAAAUACAAUAUUGCUUUUGUGUUUAUAGCCUGAAAUUCCUGUGACAUUGUCGAUUCUAAAGUGAAUGAUGAUAAUACGAAAGAAAACGCAUUAAAAUUCUUAAAUGAACAGUG